UGCCUGGCCGACCGACUAGCAGCAGGCCAUCUAGCCUGCAGACCCUGCUUGCCGUUCUUGCAUGAGCUACAAGUCGAUUUGGCUGAUAGGAUCGCAAACAGUGCGCCUUCUAAGCCGGACACUGUCCCCACUAUCGCCACCAUAGCCACAGACGUUACGGCCUGCACCUAAACAUCCCAAAGGAAACUCAGAAGAAACGACUUACACCAAUAAGGAGCUAUCUGUCGCUGCUUACGGAGUAUCACCCAACCUAUAGAGACGUGUACAGAGUGGGUUUCGCACGUCACGAUGACGGUUUCCGACGAGGAGGCUUUACCGGCGGGCCUAGUUAAUCAGGCCAUGACGUGUUAUCUGAAUUCGGUUUUGCAGACGCUGUUCUACACGCCAGAGUUCCGAAAUGCGCUGUACGCAUGUGAUUUUAGUGCAGAGGAAAAUCCAACUAAAAGUAUUCCCUGUCAACUACAAAGAUUGUUUCUCCGUCUGCAAUGCUAUCCAGGUACGGCUGCUCAGACGAUUAGCCUUACUCGUAGUUUUGGUUGGGACAGUCACGAGGCCUGGCAACAGCAUGAUGUGCAGGAGCUUUGCCGUGUUAUGUUCGAUGCACUCGAAGGUGCUUUAAAAAAAAGUGGUCAACAGGCUGACCUUAUCGAACGUCUUUAUCAAGGUACGCUGAAAGACUACGUGAAGUGUCAAGAAUGUAGUAACGAGAGUGCUCGUCAGGAUUUCUACCAGGAUAUUGCCUUGGUCGUUCGACCAUUUGGUUCAGAUAAAGUUUACACGAGUCUCAACGAAGCUCUCAACGCAUUCGUUGAGCCUGAAACUUUGAACGGCAAUAACCAGUAUUUUUGCGAAAAAUGCAACAAAAAGUGUGAUGCCCUAAAAGGAUUGAAAUUCCUCACUUUUCCGAAAAUUCUUACCCUUCAGCUAAAGAGAUUUGACUUUGACUAUUUAACAAUGCGAAGAAUUAAGCUAAACGACCGCGUCGAAUUCCCAGAGGAGCUCGAUUUGAACGCGUUUAUUGAGUCGAAGCCACCUAAAUCAGAGUACGUGUAUAAUCUUUUCGCCGUUCUAGUGCACUCGGGUAGUGCCAACGGCGGUCAUUAUUAUGCCUAUAUUCGACACAAAAGCGACUGGUUUUGUUUCAACGACAACCAGGUGCAUAAAGUGGGCUCCGAAGAUGUAUGGAGAACUUACGGCGGGGGUGGGUACACGGAAACCCGUAGUCCAUUUUCGAGUUCCACUAAUGCCUACAUGCUUAUUUAUAGGCAAAAGAGUGAGACUGGAGUACAGGCAGUUACUGAUGCUGAGUUUGCAGAACAUCUCAAGCUGCUUCGGAAAAGCCUUAAUGAAGAGGAUGAGAUCAUGAGGGAAAAAGCUGCGAAGGAUUCGAAAAUGAUUACCAUCAAGCUUUUUCACGACCAUCUUGAAAAACGGCGAUGGGUCGAAAGACAGUUUGUUGUAGAUAAAGAUGCCAAUCUUGGUGACAGUAUGGACACAAUCAAAGCGCUACUUGGAGUUACCGUAGAGAAUGACUGUUGCCGCCUAGUGCUCUACGACGAGGCUUCAGAAGCCAUAGAAAAAUCACUUGAAGGCUCAAUGGAUAAAACAAUAAAGGAAAUCUUCGGCAACGCGCAACCAUACUACAGGAGCGACAUUUUGUUGGAGAUUCGUAAUCCAGAUGAAACAUUUGAGGAGUACACUCCUGGUGGGCAUACGUUUAAUUGUCGUCAAGUUAAUCUGAACUACGAAGAGGUUAAGAGACCGUUCCGGAUUUAUCUACACUCUCAGCACACAUUCAGAGACCUCGCUGACCGCAUUGAGAAACGACUUCGAAGAGAGCCCGAAGAUUUUAGGGAAGAUAUAGAAAAACUGCGAAUCGCCUACGAGGAAGUAAGUAGUGGAGAAAUCCGGUUAAUCGAUCAUACCAAACAUACGAAAUUCGCUGAACUAAAAAUAGGCCGAAGCAUUGUCGUAUAUUUCGACAUUGAAGACAACAAUGAUGCCAAGCUGGAAAACUUUAGCCAGAGUAAUAUGUACGGAAUCAUUGAUACUCUUAGGAAUACGGUAUGCGUAAAUUCCAACAUCCCAAAAGAUUGUACAUUCAAUCAAAAUGAGGAGAUUACAGGAUGGUGCCGAAGAUUCCUUCGCGUAUGGCCAUAUAAAGACUACGAGACGGGUGAGCAAAGUCUGCGUAUUUACGUUGAUAAACGCAUAUCCAUGGAACAGUUCAAAACUCAUCUGCAACCAUUCCUCGGCAUAGAGAUUCAGACUUUCCUUAAAAGCCCAUCAAUGGUCGAACUAGAAGCUCCCUCAAUGUUGCUCGAUGACCAACGUCUUGAAAUUGUCACCGACCCAUCCCAAAAUAUCUCUAAAAAUCAGCGCCGUCUUAAGGUCUACCGACUAAGUCUAGAGGCUGAAGCUGGCUCGCUCGUCGGUUAUGUAGCCGAAUUAAUGUACCCGAAGAUAGCUAAAGGUGCCGAUAUCCGCGAAAUAAUUGCAAAGAAGUUAGCUCUCCUCUAUCCGAAUGAUGCACCGGAAGCGGAGAAAAUACGUAUGCGAAAAGUAAACGAUAAAAUGCCAUCGGCUGAGAUCAUUCUUGACGGAGAUCCAUUUGAUGCCAAAGAAGUGUACGUUGAGGUCCUUUCGGAAAAAGAACGUUUCAGUCGAGGUCAUAAUCGAAUUGUUUACCUCCAAGAGUUCCGCACACUCACUCGAACAUGGAACACAGCUGCUGAGAUUCUUGUUAGCCUCACAUGCACCUCAGCUGACGUGAAAGAGGCGAUUAAGAGGAUUUCCGGCACCAUUGAAGUCCUUAGCUGCGUAGAAAACGGCGAUGAAGAACUCAAGUGGGCUGAAGGCAUACAGGAAUUAAAUGAGAAAGAGAUACUUCUUUAUUAUGUAGACAAGGCGAAAUGGGAAUCGAAGCAGAUGUUUUUACCCCCGCGUCCCGGCAUAAAGAUGACCGAAGAAGAAGAAAACUCUAUCCGAAGUCGUCGCUGGAUAUCAUCUAGGAAAGAACGCGCGCUCAAGAUUGACAAAAAGCAAGGAAAGGGAAAAGUAAAAAUCGUGAAGCCAAAUAGGCGAAACAUGUCUACAGCCGCCACUGCGAGCAUCGAUUCAGAGAUGUCCUCGCCAUCAAAAAGUCUUAAUGGUGGGGCGACUAACACAUCUUCUCCACAACUGUGCGCUAAAUGCCGUUCCGAGCCAGUGGUUACACCGGGAAUCAAUAACGACGAAAGCCCGUCUCACGUCGGUUUAAAAGAUGGCAAGCUACCAGAUAAACCUGAGGAAAUGACGUCGGCCGAUUACUAUUUCGACUCAUACGCGCACUUCGGCAUCCACGAGGAGAUGCUCAAAGACGAAGUGCGUACGUGCACCUACCGGGACUCGAUGUACCAGAAUAUGCAUCUCUUCAAAAACAAGGUGGUUCUUGACAUCGGAUGUGGUACGGGAAUACUGUGCAUGUUUGCAGCUAAAGCCGGUGCUCGAAAGGUCAUUGGAAUAGAGUGCUCCGGCAUCAUUCAGCACGCACGCGAAAUCGUCAAAUUGAAUCGAUUGGAUAGUAUUAUAACACUGGUAAAAGGCAAGGUAGAAGAAAUCGACGAAUUGCCCGACGGAAUUGAAAAGGUGGAUAUCAUUAUUUCCGAAUGGAUGGGUUAUUGUCUUUUCUACGAAUCGAUGCUUGAUACGGUACUCCAUGCUCGUGACCGCUGGCUGGCACCUGGCGGCGCGCUUUUCCCUGACAAAGCACAGCUGUUUUUGUGCGGCAUCGAAGAUCGCCAGUACAAAGAUGAGAAAAUCAACUGGUGGGAAGAUGUCUAUGGCUUUGAUAUGAGUUGUAUGCGACAAGUGGCUAUCUCUGAACCGCUCGUCGAUGUCGUUGACAAAAAGCAGGUCUGCACAACGUCGUCACUCAUUAAAGAGAUUGACCUCUAUACAGUACAAAAGGCUGAUCUCGACUUCGAGUCGCCGUGGACCGUGCGAGCUUUCCGAGACGACUACAUUCAUGCGAUGGUGGCGUUCUUCAACGUCGAAUUCUCGCGGAGUCACACUCGAAUUGGCUUCUCGACCAGUCCCGAUUCGACGUACACGCACUGGAAGCAGACAGUGUUCUACCUUGAGGACUACAUGGUCGUGAAGCAUGGCGACGUGAUCGAGGGAACAUUUAGCAUGAAGCCAAACGCUCGCAACAACCGUGACCUCGACAUGAAGAUUUCGGUGGAUUUCAAUGGUGAACUGUCGAAAAUGAAGGCAACCUAUGACUAUCGUAUGCGCUAG